UAUAUAUAUAUAUAGUUAAAAAAUAAUAAUGUAUAAAAUAUAAAAAACAUAUUAUUUUUAUUGAUCUUUUGUGUAACACAAAGACGUACGAACUUUCGAUUCAGCCUAUUUUUCAAGAAAAAAAAAAAAAAAAAAAAAAAAAGAUAAGAACAAUUUAACGUCAUAAAUAUAUAAUUCAAUAUCAUUGCAUAUCAUAAAAUAAAUCUAUUACGAUGUAUAAAUUAAAUGGAAUAAUCUUGAAUGAUAAAAUUGUGCGUGUGUUACAUAAUUAUUUUGUUAUAAUUUAAAAUAACACACGUCAUAAAUGUAAACAAUAAAAAUAAUAUGUUUAUAUGUGUUCUUAAGAAAGCAAUCGAAAUUUGUUGUAUUGUAUGGAUGUCCAUCACAGGUGUAAUAUAAUAAAAUAACUCGUUUGGAUAUUAAGCAUUAAAUAUUGAUGGUCAACGAUAUCAGAAUCAUAGCAUUAAAGAUGUAUUUUUGAUCAAACACUAUAAAUAAAAAUUUGUCCGCAUAAAAACUUUUCCGAAUAUAUUUCGUAAAACAUAAAAAAUACUCUUAUUGCAUAUAAACAAUUUUGAUUUUCCCGCGUUCAUAGAUAAGAAUUUGUAUUGUCCAAUCGUAUGUUAGUACUCAUUGACGUUUUUCAAGUGGAAUACGCCCUCUGUUCUACGACAUUUAGCCGAGGCCAUUAACCGUUCGGAUAAGUUCGGGUGCGUGCACGAGCUCGUACGAAAGUUACAUUCCGUUGGGCACCUUCACCAUGAGUGUUUUCGCCCGUCCGUCGGUGUCUCGCGAAAAAUCUAGUUUUCCUUGUUCGCAUUACCAUAUAUAAUGCAAAGAUAUUAAUGUUCGAAAAUCAGACGUGAAAAACGUCUAAGCUAAGCUCGAGUAAUGAAGUGUUGUAGAUCGUAAAGGAGAAAAAACAACAGUGAAAUUUAUUAUUUUAAAGAAGUUAAGAGGUAACGAAGAGGAAAAACAUGGGGAACUGUUUCAGCAGUAGCAGGGAUCCGGAUAAAGACAACUCUGAUAGGAUAGGCAAUCCCAACAUAGAUGCUGUGGUAUCGCCAACUAGUCCAGUGCCAACACCACCUCCGGAUCCUAUAAGGCCGGUCCCACAAAUUCCAGAUGCUAAUGUGCCAAGUGCUAAGAUAUUCGUAGCGCUUUACGAUUAUGAUGCUCGUACAGACGAGGAUCUCAGCUUUAGGAAGGGUGAACAUUUGGAAAUACUCAACGAUACUCAAGGAGAUUGGUGGCUAGCCAGAAGUAAACGGACUAGAAAAGAAGGCUAUAUACCUAGCAAUUAUGUUGCUAAGUUAAAAUCGAUAGAAGCUGAACCGUGGUACUUUAGGAAGAUAAAACGAAUUGAGGCAGAAAAGAAAUUAUUAUUACCAGAAAAUGAUCAUGGAGCAUUUUUGAUUAGAGAUUCUGAAAGCCGUCACAAUGAUUAUUCUCUUUCAGUACGUGAUGGAGAUACUGUCAAGCAUUACCGCAUACGACAAUUGGAUGAAGGAGGCUUUUUCAUUGCUAGGCGGACCACAUUUAGGAAUCUUCAAGAUCUUGUUGAACACUACAGUAAAGAUGCUGAUGGAUUGUGUGUAAAUCUCUGUAAACCGUGUGUGCAGGUUGAGAAACCUGUAACGGAAGGCCUUAGUCAUCGUACACGAGACCAAUGGGAGAUAGAUCGUUCAUCCCUUAAGUUCUUGCGGAAAUUGGGACAGGGUCAGUUCGGAGAAGUAUGGGAAGGGCAAUGGAAUAACACAACACCAGUAGCUAUCAAAACUCUUAAACCAGGCACCAUGGAUCCGAAGGACUUUUUGGCAGAGGCACAAAUUAUGAAAAAACUUAGACAUGCCAAGUUAAUUCAACUCUAUGCUGUUUGCACAAUGGAAGAACCAAUUUAUAUUAUCACAGAAUUGAUGAGGCAUGGCAGUUUAUUAGAAUACUUGCAAGGAGUAAGAGGAAGAGCUUUGAAAUUACAGCAAUUAAUUGAUAUGGCUGCACAAAUAGCCACUGGUAUGGCGUAUUUAGAAUCACAGAAUUAUAUUCAUAGAGAUUUGGCAGCGAGAAAUGUUUUAGUAGCAGAUGGUAAUGUCGUUAAGAUAGCAGAUUUCGGUUUAGCCCGACUUAUUAAAGAGGACGAAUACGAAGCCCGUAUAGGGGCACGAUUUCCAAUUAAAUGGACUGCUCCUGAAGCUGCUAAUUACAGUAAAUUCAGUAUUAAGUCUGAUGUAUGGUCGUUUGGUAUUCUUCUUACUGAACUUGUUACUUUUGGAAGAAUACCAUAUCCAGGUAUGACGAAUGCAGAAGUAUUAAACCAGGUAGAACAUGGAUAUAGAAUGCCAUGUCCACCUGGAUGUCCAACGGCACUAUACGAUAUUAUGUUAGAAUGUUGGAACAAAGAUCCUAUGAAGAGGCCGACGUUCGAAACUCUUCAAUGGAAACUGGAAGAUUUCUUCACAAUGGAGGGAUCAGAAUAUAAGGAAGCAUCUGCGUAUUGAGAAACCGAAGAAGACAUUUGUAAUUUUCAGUUGGCUUUGCACGAUCGUCGUAUCAUUCGUAUGUUGAACGAUGCCUCGUGCUUCAAUAGUACUUUAUCGUCGAUAGACGAAAAGUCCAGAGUUAUGAUGAGUAUUCAUUCGAGAUAUGAAUGCUUGUGAUAUUUGAGAAUAUAGUACACUUUAUAAUAGAAUAUUAGGGGUCUUUUUAUGUUUUGUUUUUUUUUUUUUUUGUUUCUUUUUUUUUUUUUUUUUUAUAUAUAUAUAUA